GCUGCUAUCAUCUCUCUUUGCUGGCUGAUCAUGCACGACUUCUGCCUUACUAUCCCUUAUGGGAUGAUUGUGAUGUUUGGGGGAAUCAUCGGUUUCCUCGCAGCGGGCUCGAGAGCUUCUCUAAUGGCGGGGGGCGGAAGCGGGGCGCUCCUCAUGCUUCUGGGUUACGGAGGGUAUAUGGAGUACAAGGCGAAGGGCACCGUCUCGCAGCUGUGGACUAUCGCGUCGCUUGUGAUAUCUAACGUCAUUUGGGUCAUGAUGGCGAAGCGGUUCCGCAAGACAGGGAAAAUCAUGCCGUCUGCGCCGCUCGGCAUCCUCGCGCUGUUGAUGGCCUUCUUCUACGCUUACCAGAUGGCGAAGACGACCAAGGCCAACUUCAAACCUGCCGCACAGAAUGGCAGCGCAACUGAUAAGAAGGAGUCUUGAUGCUCUUUUUUUAACAUUUUUUUUGUCUCGCGGUCUUUGUCGAUGUAUUGUAAGGUCGUUAGGGUGUUCGACGCGGUAGAACGAUAACCUUGAGCGAGCUGACCGAUGUGAUUCCGACCAACCCACUUGUUGACACCGCCGGGAAGGUGAGGUGGGUUGAGUAGUUUACGCUGCCCGAAGGUGUUGGCCUAUCCAUGCCCAUCGUUCGACGCGACGCUGGUCGUGCGAUGGGCCAGGGUUGACUGGUAUACAGAGCGGCAGCAUGACGUUGCGCAGCAGUUGUGUAGUAUGGUCUUGUGUUUCCUGCGCACUUGAAGAACCCUAGCGUAGAAGCUUAUCUUGCUUUUUCCAAGGUACACAUCUGUACGGCGGGAGUUUUUUCGUACGGAUGUGCGGCCUAGGGCAGGAGGAGUGGAGGUGAGAAGUUGAAUAGCUUCUGGCGACACGAAGGAGGCGGUUUAUCGCGCUUAUGGGUUUUUUGACUUACGAAGCUCUCUCCGUCGUUGUGGGAGCUGCCGGCCAGCACAGCGUUGACCGAAGAUUUUUGAAACAGGGUAUCCAUAGUGAGCAACGGUGGGCGGUGAGGUCGUUUGCGCAUCGACACUACUAUGUAUGUUGUCAAUGUCAUUCCCUGUUGUUUUGUUUUCCCUUUCGGGUGGUGUUUUUUCCCGUCAUAUUCGUCAUGUAACAAGGGCUCACCUCGGCAAUUCUCUAGCGGCGUAUGGGCCUCAACAUUCUCAGAUGUGUUUGUGGGGGGGGUGAUGGUGAUAAUUUAUUUCUGUGUUCUUCUUCUCCCUAGAGGAGCCGGAGAUUGCAUGGUUGGUUAGUCUCCGACACGCCAGGAGUGUUUCCAACAGCUAUGGUGUGUACGUACGUGUGGCUUACACGCCUUUUCUCGAAAUUCAAAAAUUGCGCAUUGUGUAGAUACCUGUGAGCGACCUGCAGCCGCCGUCGAACCCUUUUUGUAUUUCUUUCCGUGGUCACGAUGUGUGUAGAUACGCGACCGGACGGUACCGAGGUCCUUGUAUACGGGGAAGGCAAUUGGGCCCACAGCUGCCACGGUGCUCUGCGGAAUGCUGACCUGCGGUCGUCCAUUAGCAUCAUGCACAGCAAUAGAUGACCAAGUCUUUUCCGUAAAAAUGUAAAAAUGGAUAU